AUUUAGUCCACAAGCAGAAUUUUAUUCCCUCCUUAAAACUAGCCUCUAGCCCCUUCCAAAUGCCAACAUUAAAUCGGUACUGUUCUCCACCCCUCUCUCUCUCACACACAGAGAUAUACUAAAAUAAUACAUACAACUGUUCAUCCUUAACUGUAUAGAGAGCCAUAAUUUCAUACACAGCCUUUUGCCGUUUGACUUUUGCGUUAUCUAAUUUCUUUAUAUAGCUUCUAUAGUUCUAUUGAAUAUUGACGGUGCGUUGCGGGGUUCAGAUUUUUGGAGGUCCAUUUCCUACUAUGGGCCUAUCACAGGGGAGGGAAAUGGGGAGGGCUUUCAUGCCUUUUAUGUUGGCGGUACUCUUUGUGGUGGCGGUAGUUAGUGCCGAGCGGUCGGCUACGAGGUUUCUGUUGAAUGAUAAUAUCGCCGGAGGAGAAAGACAUUCAGAAGGGUACUGUGCCAUGUAUGACAUCUGUGGGAAGCGCAGUGAUGGUAAAGUACUCAAUUGCCCUGUUGGUACUCCUGCUGUCAAGCCAGACGAAUUACUAUCACAAAAAGUUCAAAGUUUGUGCCCUACAAUUACUGGAAAUGUAUGUUGUACGGCCGAGCAGUUUGAUGUUUUACGAACACAAAUCCAGCAAGCCAUUCCUUUUGUUGUAGGUUGUCCAGCUUGCUUGAGAAAUUUCUUGAAUCUGUUCUGUGAGCUCACCUGUUCUCCAAAUCAAAGUCAGUUUAUUAACGUGACGUCCAUUUCCCGGGUUGGGAGAAAUUCGACUGUUGACGGGAUAGAUUAUUACGUAACUGAUGCUUUUGGUAAGAGAAUGUUUGAAUCCUGCAAAGAUGUAAAAUUCGGAUCCAUGAAUUCUCGAGCUAUAGAUUUCAUCGGUGCUGGUGCUAAAAAUUUUAGUGAGUGGUUUGCGUUUAUUGGUAGACGAGCUGAGUUAGGCUUACCAGGCUCACCCUAUGCGAUCAAUUUCUUGCCUGUGGCCCCAAAAUUAUCGGGAAUGAGGUCCUUGAAUGUGUCCUCGUAUUCAUGCGGUGAUACCUCAUUAGGUUGUUCGUGUGGUGAUUGUCCUUCAGCACCAGCAUGCUCGAGUUCUGAACCUGUUGCACCGCCUAAGCAAGAUUCCUGUUCGGUGACAAUAGGGUCUCUUAAUGCAAAAUGCGUUGAAGUUGCAAUGGCAAUAGUGUACAUUGUAGUUGCCUCUAUAUUUCUCGGGUGGGGUUUCCUCCACAGAAAAAGGACUAGUCCUACUCCCCAAACAAAACCUAUAAUUGUUGUUCCAAAUGGUACCAAUGUUGUCCGUAUGAGCAGCCAAAAGAACGAUAAUAUACCUAUGCAGAUGUUCGAGGAUGUACCUCAAAUUAAUAACGCUGUGCAGCUCUCAAUUUUGCAAGGAUAUAUGUCAAGAUUUUAUAGGAAAUACGGAACGUGGGUGGCCCGAAAUCCCAUGCUUGUAUUAUGCUUAUCAAUUGCUACAGUUGCUGUGCUUUGUCUAGGUCUUAUUCGUUUUCAAGUGGAGACAAGACCUGAGAAGUUGUGGGUGGGUCCGGGAAGUAGAGCUGCCAAGGAGAAGGAAUUUUUUGACAAUCAUCUUGCCCCAUUUUACAGGAUUGAGCAGGUGGACAGUAUCAGAGCAAAUAAUUCUGGUUCAAUGGUAUCUCUUACUGACAUUUGCUUGAAGCCACUCGGAAAGGAUUGUGCCACUCAAAGUGUUCUUCAGGCCUAUGUACUCCUUCAUAUCCCCUGUUCUUACUUCUUAGUACUAGAUGUUUAUUCACUUAUUGCUGCUUUUGCUGAUUCGCUAUAUUUCAAGAUGGAUCCUCAAAAUUAUGACAGCUUUGGGGGUCUUGAUCACAUCGAAUACUGUUUUCAGCACUUUAGUUCAGCAGAAACAUGCGCAAGUGCAUUUAAAGCACCUCUUGACCCAAGCACUGCAGUUGGUGGUUUUCCCGGAAAUAACUAUCUCGAGGCUUCUGCUUUUGUUGUGACUUAUCCCGUAAACAAUGAAGUUGACAAAGAAGGGAAUGGAACCAAGAGGGCUGAGGCUUGGGAAAAAGCAUUCAUUCAGCUUGCAAAGGAGGAACUCUUACCCAUGGUGCAGUCAAGAAAUUUAACACUGGCAUUUUCAUCAGAAAGCUCUAUUGAGGAAGAGUUAAAAAGAGAAAGCACUGCAGAUGCUAUUACCAUCUUGAUAAGCUAUCUCGUAAUGUUUGCUUACAUAUCCUUCACACUCGGAGAUGCUCCUCGGUUCUCCUCAUAUUAUGUCUCCUCUAAGGUAUUGCUUGGGCUAUCAGGAGUUACACUUGUCGUGCUCUCUGUACUUGGAUCAGUUGGAUUUUUCAGUGCAGUUGGAAUAAAAUCAACCAUGAUAAUAAUGGAAGUCAUCCCUUUUCUUGUUUUAGCAGUUGGGGUAGACAACAUGUGCAUACUAGUACAUGCUGUAAAGAGACAGCAGGUAGAAUUGCCUAUAGAGGGAAGAAUUAGCAAUGCCCUUGUAGAGGUUGGGCCGUCUAUAACACUAGCUAGUCUGUCUGAGGUCUUGGCAUUUGCAGUUGGGAGUUUCAUACCUAUGCCAGCUAUCCGCGUCUUUUCCAUGUUUGCAGCACUGGCUGUUCUCUUGGAUUUUCUUCUACAAGUGACUUCAUUUGUUUCCUUGAUUGUUUUUGACUUCUUGAGAGCUGAGAAUAAUAGGGUUGAUUGUUGUCCUUGUAUAAAGGUGUCUGGUUCGAAUGUGGGGAUGGAUCAAGGCAGUCAUCAUCAACAGAAACCUAGCCUGCUGGUCAGAUAUAUGAAGGAUAUUCAUGCUUCCAUCCUUAGCCUGUGGUUUGUGAAACUGCUGGUUGUCUGUGCUUUUGGUGCAUUUACAUUGGCGAGCAUAGCAUUAUGUACAAGAAUCCAACCUGGUUUAGAACAGCAAAUUGUUCUUCCUCGAGACUCGUAUCUUCAGGGCUACUUUAGCAACAUAUCUGAGUAUCUUAGAAUUGGUCCCCCACUCUACUUUGUAGUGCAAAACUACAAUUUUAGUUCUGAAUCAAGACAAACAAACCAGCUUUGUUCCAUCAGCCAGUGUGAUUCUAAUUCUCUUCUAAAUGAGAUUGCAAGAGCAUCUUUAGUACCAGAGUCGAGUUAUAUAGCUAAACCUGCUGCUUCAUGGCUUGAUGAUUUUCUUGUUUGGCUGUCUCCUGAAGCUUUUGGGUGUUGUAGGAAAUUCACAAAUGGAAGCUAUUGUCCUCCCGAUGAUCAGUGUUUCCGUCACUCGGAGUUACAAAAUGAUCGUCCAUCAACAGCACAAUUCAGGGAAAAGCUGCCAUGGUUCCUCAAUGCUUUGCCCUCAGCUGAUUGUGCUAAAGGUGGAAAUGGGGCAUAUACCACCAAUGUCGAGCUCAAAGGGCUUGAGGAUGGCAUUAUUCGAGCAUCAGCAUUUCGGACCUAUCACACCCCUUUAAAUAAACAGGCUGACUUUAUCAACUCAAUGAGGGCUGCUAGAGAUUUUAGCGCGAGGAUGUCUGAUUCGUUAAAGAUUGACAUGUUUCCUUAUUCCGUGUUUUAUAUGUUCUUCGAGCAAUACCUUGAUAUAUGGAAGACAGCUCUGAUCAACCUCGCAAUAGCUAUUGGGGCAGUUUUUGUUGUUUGCUUUGUAAUCACAUGCAGUGUUUGGACUUCAGCAAUAAUCCUUCUUGUUUUGGCAAUGAUAGUGGUGGAUCUUUUGGGCAUAAUGGCAAUUUUAAACAUCCAGUUGAACGCUUUGUCAGUCGUGAACCUUGUGAUGUCAGUGGGUAUUGCAGUCGAGUUCUGCGUUCACAUAACACAUGCUUUCUUGGUUGCGGGUGGAGAUAGGAAUCAACGGAUGAAAGAAUCUCUAGUAACAGUGGGAGCUUCUGUAUUCAGUGGAAUCACACUCACGAAGCUAGUUGGGGUGCUCGUUCUAUGUUUUUCAAGGACGGAAGUUUUUGUGGUGUACUAUUUCAAAAUGUAUCUUGCUUUGGUUCUUCUGGGCUUCUUGCAUGGCCUAGUCUUCUUACCUGUGAUAUUGAGCAUGUUUGGGCCACCAUCAAGAUGCGUGCUAAUUGAGAAGCAAGAAGAUCGACCAUCCACGUCAUCACAAUUUUAACUUAAAAGUUGAUGUAUUAAUGGUGUUUUUUAGUUUUUCAUUUUUUUUGGUAUUUUGAUGGUGAUGGUGUUUGUCCAGUUGUGAAGCUGACUUACAUUACACGGGAACAUAAGAGAAAACAUACAAUUCAUCAAUUGCGGUCUGAACUACAGAAUACUUUCAUUUUUAUUCUGUAUCCACUUAAAGAAAAAUUUUAUACAAACUCUUAUAAAAUAA